AUGCAAUUUAUUGGUCAUGGAUUCUUUGAAAAGAAGAGACCUGCGCUUCUUGAUAAUCUUGUGCAGUCCAUUUUUUUCGCACCCUUGUUUGCGUUUUUGGAAACGAGUCCUCUCUUCGGAUAUCAUCCCGCGGUUACAAAGAACAUCCGUGUUGCUACUAAGAUUCAACAAAAAGAAGAGAUUCAUGGAUCUAGUGGGAGCAUUAAAUCAGAGUGCUUGUUUGAUGAAUCGCUUCUGGAAUCUCCUGCAGCUGAAGUGUUAAACGGUCGCACAGAUAUUACAGUCCGCCCUUUGUAUCUCAGUGACAUAAACAACGAGUAUUUGGAUCUCCUUGAUGUCUUGGUUACUGCUACUGUUCGUCCAAGCUUGGCUUCUUAUCAAAAACGCUUUUUGGAAUUACGAAAAGAUACUCCUAAUACUUAUUAUACUAUAGUCGUUGAAGAUAAAGAAACCCAUAAAAUACCACUCUGUUUGUGGAAAGGAAGCUCAUACGUGGCAACGGAGAUUGUGCACACGUAG